AUGCCAGCGACACACAAACGAAAGCAAUCAACGGAUACCCAAUCCCAAUCAGAAAGGAAACGGGCAAAGUUUGUUGAUAAAGAAUCCGGUGCCCAUGUGCCUCCCAAUUCCACCCGCGCCUUGCCUCCUGAUUCCCCCAAGAUUGCUGGAUUCUUGCCAAACGACUCCCCAUCUUUCCUGCCCACACCACCGGAGCAGAAAAUGGAAGACUCAGAAAUGAGACAGGUGGAAUCUCCACAGCAGGACGCAGAUGCAGCGAGGCUGCAGUCAAUCCGGAACGUCAUUCAGACGCAGAUCAGUCUUGAAAUUCUGCUGAAACACAAUGAACUGCGACUCAUCGACCAAGAAAUAGCCAAAUCCCAAGCCUCGUUAGAGCAGUUGCGUCGCUGCAAGGAGAUUCCUUUCCCAGCAACGCAACAUCUUUCUAUCGGUGUCAGCAAUGGAACAGGCUCAGCUCUACGCAGUUCGUUCCCACCUCCACUACCCCAGUCACCCGCGCCUUGGGGGGUUCAAGACGGCCCUUACUCACGGCACUAUGCGAAAUGGUUACUGCCUGACCCCCGUUUUGACGGCGGCGAACAAGAACCUAUCGCUAUCACACCUGUUGGUAAAUCUCCCAUGAAGUUCAGAUCUCAAACAAGAGGUCAGUUUGCAGAAGGACCGCAAUCGUCAAGCCAAGCUCGUGCGCAGCGGAGUGGCAAACUAAAAUCCUUGCCUGCAGGGUACGGGCAGCCGAAGGAGAAGGCAACCGGUCCGAUGAUUAUCAAGAGGAAAUCCGACGGAGCGACUGUGAAACUCGUUUGUCCGGACUGUGGUCGGUUUGACUUCGGGAGUGCCCAAGGUUUCAUCAAUCACUGCCGGAUUGGCCACGGACGGAGCUUCGCCAGCCAUGAUGCUGCGGCAGAUGCCUGCGGAGAACCGGUUGAAGUGGACGAGACUGGAGCUAUGAUCGGUGUUGAACCGACUGUGACACCCGUUGCAGGCAACGUCCAUCCUCUAAUCCGUUCAGCUAAACUUCUGACCCCCACCCCUCCUCGAACAUCUCAAACCACGCUCGGCACAACCCCUACAACAGGCAGCGUCAAGAGAACACAAGUGUCACCCGAUUUCAGGGGAUCUGCCUUGACGCCCAACCUGUCCGAGCUUGUUAAGGCUAGAGGACUAGGACUUGAUCUUCAGGAAAUGGUCCUGGACGCGAAAACGAAAGUUGAAUUGCCAGAAUCUGAUUCGGAGGACGAUGAAAUGGAGGUUGACAUUCCCAUGCAGCAUACUGGCCAAGGCCGACACCCACAAGUUGCGGGCAGCAAACAACCACCGAAACCCACCAAGUCUCCAAUGUCAUCUCCAUUGUUGAACUCCAGUAUGCUGAGAUCCACCACUAACUUGCGAGGAGGAGUGCCACAAUACGACGGUGCCGACGACAAGCCUACCCAGCACCGGCCACGUGGAAUGACUCUGCCGAUGAACGGUGCCACACCGUCUGAUCUUCAUCCUUCGGAUCCCUCGCCUACCAGUGAAUCGAAUCAGGCACCAAGUCUGGUGGAUGAUGACGAAUUUGAGCCGCACUCGCCAAGUAGCAGCUCUGCAUCUGACGAGCAUGACGACAACGAAGUUGAAUUUGAAGUUCAAGGCGAUGACGAUGAUGCACGAAGCGUCUUGCGAGGGCCGGAUUUUCAGCCAAGCUGUACUCAAGCAUCUGAGGGAACAGGCUGGAUGUGCUGCAAACCCCGCGUUCUCACCUUCGACGAAUUCCUCUCCAUUCCACCCUGCACAAAGGGCAAGCACUCGACUGUAGAUGAUACCCCGGCGCCCGCCCCCAAAGCCGACGCCUUGAAAGCCUCAGAUAUUGUCGCCGCCGCCCCCAUACCCUCCCCAGUACCCAUUACUCGGCCCUUGGGGUCUGGUCUCGCGACCGCCCAACAGCCCACACCUUCAGCUACACCGAAACCGGAACCGCCCGAAGACGAAUCUGACGAUCCAGAUGCUGAAAUCCCCUCUAACGCGACAUGUAAAAGACGAGGUUGUGGGAAGUCAAGAGAACCGAACGUGCCGCGAGACGAGGAGGAAUGUGUUUACCAUUCCGGCGUCCCCCUUUUCCACGAAGGCAGUAAGGGCUGGACAUGUUGCAAGAGACGGGUCCUCGAGUUUGACGAGUUCAUGAAGAUCGAGGGCUGCAAAACCAAAAAGAGGCACUGCUACAUAGGGAAGCCGAAAAAGAAGGAAGGGGGCAUAACUGACGGAGAAACGUCGGCAGACACUGAGCAACUUCUGGAGAACGUCCGCAGUGAUUUCUACCAGACUGCCAACAGCGUCAUUGUCAGCUUCUACCUCAAAAAGAUCGAUAAGGAAAAGGCCCGGGUCGAGUUCACGGACGAUGGCCUGUCGGUGGAUUUAGAUCUACCCACGCAGGAUGGAAAGAGAUUCACGAGGAAUAUACCACUUUUUGCUCCCGUUGACCCGGACAAAUGUCAAUUCAAGAUCAUGGGCACCAAGCUGGAACUUACUCUAGCGAAGAAAGACGGGGCUAUCAUUGGGAAGGGCUGGCAGGUUGGAGCGCAGUUGAGCAACGAAGAACAGGUGGACGAGAAAAUGCACCUCAACAAGCACGACGCAAAAUGGAUCGCACCAUAA